AUCAAGAGGAACCCGCUGCCCAAUGGGCGCUCCAAGUGGAGCACCUUUAACAGCAUCUGGGACCAGAACCAGGCCAUCAUGAAGCAUCUCCUAGAGAAUGCCACCUUCAACUCCAGCAGCGAGGCAGAGAGGAAGACGCAGCGGUACUACCUGUCCUGCCUCAAGGAGCAGAGGAUAGAGGAGCUGGGCUCCCAGCCCCUCAUGGAGCUCCUCGACAAGAUUGGGGGGUGGAAUGUCACCGGCUCCUGGAACCAGACCAGCUUCAUGGAGGUCCUCAAGAUGGUGUCGGGCACAUACCGGGCAACACCCUUCUUCACGGUGUACGUGGGUGCAGACUCCAAAAGCUCCAACAGCAAUGUCAUCCAGGUAGACCAGUCGGGGCUUUUCCUGCCAUCCCGGGAUUACUACCUGAACAAGUCCGCCAACGAGAGGGUCCUGGCAGCGUACCUGGACUACAUGGUGGAGCUGGGCACGCUGCUGGGGGGGGCCCCAGAGCCCACCCGCCUCCAGAUGCAGCAGGUACUGGACUUCGAAACCCAGCUGGCCAACAUCACAGUGCCCCAGGCUGAGCGACGGGAUGACGAGAAGAUCUACCACAAGAUGAGCAUCGCCGAGCUGCAGGCUCUGGCCCCUGCCAUCGACUGGCUGGAUUAUCUGUCCUACGCCCUGGCCCCGCUGGAGCUGGCCGACACAGAGCCCGUGGUGGUGUAUGGGGACACCUACCUCCAGCAGGUCUCCGACCUCAUCAACAGCACCGACAGGAGCAUCCUGAACAACUACCUGAUCUGGAACCUGGUGCAGAAGACGGCCUCCAGCCUGGACCAGCGCUUUGAGACAGCCCAGGAGAGGCUGCGGGAGACAAUCUAUGGCGCCAGACAGUCCUGUACGCCCCGCUGGCAAACCUGCAUCUCCAACACGGACGACACGCUGGGCUUCGCCCUGGGCUCCCUCUUCGUCAAAGCCACCUUCGACCGGGACAGCAAAGCCAUCGCUGAGGAGAUGAUCAGCGAGAUCCGGGCAGCCUUUGAGGUGUCCCUGGACCAGCUGGACUGGAUGGACGAGUACGAGGUCUCGGAGGACUCCUUCUUCCAGAACAUGCUCAACUUCUACAACUUCUCCGCCAAAGUGAUGGCUGACCAGCUCCGGAAACCCCCCAACCGCGACCAGUAA